CGCCCUCCGGGUAUCAUGAGCGCAAUAUAUGGACCGGCAAGGUUCAAACGACGCCGAUGUUAUUACUUCGACGACGCCGGACAGCCCCGCCCGAACGGCGUGGGGGGCAGAGGCUGCCCCGAAGGCACGCGCUGCGGCUUCGCGCACCCGGACGAUCCCCAGUGGCCCACCGCAUCGGGCAGCGUGCCCGUCGCCGUCGCACACCUGCCUCCCCCGGACGCCAGGCUGUCCUUCGCCGCAAACAUCGCGCAUGUGCCCCCGCCCCCGCCGAAGACUGCGCCGCCCCCUGCCCCGAAGGAGCCCCCUCCCUCGGCGCCGGCCCCCGCGCCACUUGCUGCAAGCCCGAGCUCGAGCGUGAACGCAGCGCCGGAGGUGCGGCCGCGAGAGAUCGAACGCAUCCCGAGUGGGCCUAGUGCGGAGCGCGACCGCGGCAGGGACGUCAGGGAGAAGGAAGGGGAGAAGGGGAAGGGGAAGGACGGGGAAGGGUCGCGCUCGCGCUUCCCUGACGGAUCGGGACGAGCGCCGUUGCGCGAGCAGUCGAUUGGUGCUUCGUCCAUCGCGUCCUCGUCUGACCCCCGCGUGCGCAAGAACUCCGCUGCUAUGAACUUCUCGGACAGACGGAGAGAGGACGAGCGUGAUCUGGACAGGGAUAAGGAGCGGGCGAGGGAGAGGGAAAGGGAGAGAGAUAGGGAGAGGGAUAGGGAUAGGGAGAGGGAACGCGAGCGGGAACGGCGGUAUCGGGAUGAGGACAGACGCAAGGACGUCGAUAGGCGCAGAGAAGAUGACAGGCGAUAUGACGAGAGGAGAGGAAGGUCCAGGGACGACGACUACCGGCGACGCGACGAGGACGACCGACGGUCAAGGCAGAGGAGCGUAUCGAGGUCUCGCUCGCGGGUAGAGGUAUCGGAGGAGGAGAAACGGCGAAUAUGGAUGGAUCGCGUCAAGACUCUCUCCGAGUCCGUCCUCGCUCGCACAGAGCACCUCCGCCUGCAAGAAGAUGCCUGGACAUACGAGCGGCUGCGUAGAUCCGUGUCCUACGAACAACUCCCUGCGGAGGACAAGGAGCAACUGGACAAGCUCGUCGAGGACACCAAGAAGGCAUUGAGGGCGAAGGAGGCGGAGUUCAGCAAGGCAUUGGCGAAGCUCAUACCGCGCGACUUCUUCCCCUACGCACAACCUCCCGAACGACAAAGCGACGCGGCGUUCUGCGAGAUGAACGCCCUCCUCACAUCGCUGCAGAACGACGUCAAGCUCAUGUACGAGGCUGUCGCAGCGCUGCAGGCCACUCCCAUACCUCCCGCCCCUCAGGAAGAGGAUAGAGAUCGAGAUACGUCGGGACCGAGUAGCGACCGCCCCAAAAAGCGUCGUCGGUUGUCCGUAGAGGCCGAAUCGUCUCGUGCGCAGGAUGCUCCUUCGAAUCCACCUGGACCCACUAAGGAGGAGCUGGCGCAGAUGAGGGACGGUCUCACCGAACUGGCCGGGCGUCUCUCGAAUGUCGAGAACGACCUUGAGCAGUACUCGAGCAAAAUCGACGACGAGGUUGAGGCCCAGCUCGACUACCGUCUCCCGGACCUCGUGGUCGUCCCAGACGAAGACAAGAAGACGAGCGUCGAGCUAACGCAGGACGUCGACAAGCUCCGCGGAGACGUCGAGGACACAGAAAAGCGCGCGGAGGUCGUCCUCGCUGCACUUGCCAAGCUUCAGGUCGAUGAGGACGGUCAGGAGGACAUCAACACCCAGCUCCGGGAGCAAAACGCGAAACUCACACAAACCAUUGAGGAGGUGUGUAGCGUUUGCGAUGUCGUGGUUCGCGUCUCGUUAAUGGUCGCACCUGUCCAGAUGGAGGCGCAUCAAGCAGAGAUGUCGGCGAAGCUCCAGGCUCAGACCCUCGAAAUCAACGCCCUCAGUGAGGCCGUCCGGGCAUACAUCUCUCAACCCCAGCAUCCCGCGCCUCCGCCACCGCCUUCAGCUGCCGAGAUCAUCGAGACGGUGCGACCCCCGCUGCUCACGGCGAUGCACCAACAGAUGCAGCCACUCCUCAACGAGUCGCAUGCGCACAUCGAACAAAUGCUGAAGGACCAGCUCAAUCAGGUGAACGGGGCGCUCUUGGCGCAAAUCACACCUACAAUUCGCGCUGUUGAGCUGGUCUCCAAUUGGGUGGACAAAGUUCGAGCCUCCCCAGCCGCUGAUGCUGCACCGUCUUCCGUACCAACAUCCUCAUCCUGAAGCCAGUGAGAGCACGGAGAACGUAUAUAUAGCGCAAUCUUGACCCUCCCCCAUAGACCAAUGGAUGUACUCGCAUUGCACUGUACAUAUAGCUCAUGCAGAUUGCUUUUACUCUACUGUGUAGUAUAGUCGUGUAGGAGUGAAUUCCAUGUAAUAUCU